ACAGACGUAACAGCUAAGAAAUCCCCAUCGCCCAUCAAAAAAACGGUCAAUUUGAAACCAUAAAGUUGUGCCAUAUUGCCACUCGCGGCGCUAGUGUCGCAAUUUUGACAUAUACACUCCGGCACUCGCUUGGACUCGCGCGCGCUUCGUUUGUAAACAAUAACAAACAAAAUGGGUCGAAAGUGUGAAAUGAUUUGCUGCGGAAGUGCACAAGGCAGAAAUCAUGCAAAAUCCUUUCACAAGUUCCCGCAAGAUGUUGACCGAUGCAUGCAAUGGAUCCAAGCAUGUCGUUCGCCGGAGCUCAUGGAAAAGUUCAACAUCGGUGGAGUGCAAGCGCUGCGGAACUUCUUAAUAUGUUCUGAUCACUUUCCAGCAGAGAUGUUUAAAGCUUCAUCUAAACAGAGCAGGGGGUUGCUUCCAGAAGCAGUUCCGCUUGACAUCAGCUCAUCGAGCACAUACUUCAACCUCGACAGAAGUGUUUCAGUUGGCGAGAACGACAGUUUCAUCACAGAUACCUCUGCCGAAUCUUCGUGGAAAACUGUGAGACUGGAAAUAAGUCAUGUUACUUCAAACAGCAGUCUAAUCGAUGAACCUAACCCAAAAUCCGAUACAAGUGACCAUGAAAUCGACGCCAAUGCAAAUUUGGUUGACUCCUAUGAUGAAGGACGUCCAGUAACGAACUCGAAGCGGUCAAGAUUGAAUGAUGACACUGAUAGCUUCCAGUUGGACCAAGAGAUAGACUACAAGACCCUGUAUUUAAAAGAAAGAAAUGAGAACGCUAAUCUAAAAACGGAUCUGAAAAGCUUACGGAAAUCCUUGCGAGCAUCGGCGAAGAAAAGUAAAUGGAGAUUACAGUCAAUAGUAAAACACAAAAAUGAUAAUAAACGUCUGAAAAAAGAUCUAAAACGCCUACAAAAAACGAAAUCGGAAGAUCAUCAACUACUACAAUUUGUGAAAUCAAAUCCUGUUAUUCAAAACAGUCUUAUUAAUUUGAACAAGGCGCCUCCGAAACGCAGGUAUAAUUCUUCGAUGAGAAAAUUUGCCGUCGGAACCUACCUGACAGGGCCUGCUGCAUACCGCUAUAUUCAAAGUUCUAAGGUUCUCGCACUACCAAGCAAAAUGACCAUAAGACGGUGGACCAGCGAUGUCCGUAUCAAACCUGGCAUUAAUGACGAAAUUCUCAGGCGUUUGGAACAUAAAACAAAACUGUUGAAUACGAAUGAAAAAGUGGUGACUAUCUGCAUCGAUGGCAUGUCAUUGAAACAAGAGCUAACAUACAACGCCAAAACGGACAUGUUCAUUGGAUUUCCUGAUGAUGGAAUAAAGCGAAAAAUUGAAAAAAACAAUCCUUUAGUGCUGGCAUCUGAAGCUGUGGCAGUAGUAGUAUCAGGAUUGACCGAAAUUGAUUCCGUUUCGAAAAUGAACCAUAGAAGAUUUAAGCAGGUAAAUUGAUAAUGAUAUAGGGAAUCUGAUAGCCUCAGCAGCAAGAAUUCCUUUUUUUUGUGAUAGAAAAAUACGCCGCUGAAGCUAUCAAUUUUCUUGAAUAAGUUCACUCAUAUAUGCUUCCCUUUGAAGCCGAUCGGAUAUUUGUUAGGACACCAUACCCUUGGGAGUUCUGUACAACAAACCUUGGUCGAGGACAGUGUUCGUGCUAUGAGGAAAUGCGGUUUGCAUCCAGUGUUAGUUGUUUUGGAUCAAGGCACAACAAAUGUUAAAAUGAUAAAAGAAACAGGGGCAACUAUCCAAAACCCAAUUUGGAAUGUUGAUGGCGAAGAACUUGCUGUUAUGUACGAUGGUCCACAUUUGCUUAAGAACGCAAAAAAUAUGCUCACCAAGCAUAACGUAUUGUUCGAUGGUAACAUUGCUUCUUAUGCACAUGUCCAGGAGCUGUUUCAAGUGGAUCAGAGUUCAGAACCAAGACUGGUUCCCAAACUAACGGACAAGAUUGUGAACCUCGCGCCGUUUAUGAACAUGAAUGUGGCCCAAGCUGCGCGAACCCUUAGUAAUUCGGUCGCAAGUGGUUUCCGGUACUAUGUUGAGGCAGGUGAACUAGCAGAAACUGUUUUGGGUACAGCCGCUUUUGCCGAGUUUCAUGACAAGCUAUUCGACACAUUUAAUUCCAAGACUGCGACUAAUACCACAAAGGUAAUUUAGUGUUGGGUUUAUUAAAAUGUUACGCAAAACAAAAUUCGGCAUUUUCAAACCCCCGCAACGUAGGGUAAAGUGGGGUAAUUUGGCCACCUCAAGCAAAAGUCGAUUGAAAAUGCGAACGCAACGUUGAAUCUCUCGAACAUGGUAUGGCCAUAAUUAUUCCAAUAAUAGAGGUAGGCGGGGCAGUAUGAACACCCGGCGUAGAAUGAACACCCGCAAUAUUUCCAUACAUUCUAAUUCGUUUGCACUUUCAAUGCAGGGAGCAUAUACUCCAUUCAUCCGCAAUGUAUAUCAGCAGAGGAAUAUUCGAAAUUAGAAUUAUAUCUGACUAUACACAAAAAAGUUGUGUGCUACGUUUUUUGUGUAUGAAAGUAAUGAAAAAUUGCUAAGUGGGGCGUGUGCUGAAUGAAAAUUGCAGUUUUGGGGAUGUCUUUCAAAAAAUUUUAUCGAUCAUCGAUGAAAAGUGUAACUCAGAAUUUCUCAGAGUUGCUCUCGUUUGCACAGUAAUAUUGCCAACGAUUUUAAAUAUACUAGAUUUUAGGCGAUUUUCCAGUGGUGCUCAAAUUGCCCCAUUGGUCAAAUUACCCCAGCUUCCCCUACCAAAUUUUGCUUGGGAAAUUUCGAAGUUUUGUAUGACGCGUAACUCAGCGGUAGACCCACGCCCUCCCCCAACGAGCCCAAUCAAUAGCAGCUAUCCAGUAUUGAAUAUAAUAUCAAAAUUACUUCUAGCCGUAUCGUGCAGCUAUCACUGAGAACUCAUGCCACUGGGAUUUCUUGGACGAAGCCGAAGAACUGCUGCAAAACAUGUUUUAUACAAGCAAAACUUGUGUCGAUCCGAAACAGGUAUAUUUUUGUCAAAUAUUUAGACUUUUGUGGGUCAAUUGGGCUCACUA